CCUUGGUAGAGUGUUCAUCAUGGCGGCUAUCGUCCGGUUGAGUUCUGUGUGUCGCAGAGGAGUUAAACCUCUGUUCUACCAAAGCACUUUGCUGGCCAGGCCGCUGGUUGUACCGCACAAACACCAGGAGCAGCCGUACCAGCUGACAGCCAAGAUCCAUGUGUCGCAGGCCCUGAAUGCUGGCUCUGGCUCUAAAGCUGCGUCUCUGCACUGGACAGCAGAGCGGAUGCUGAGCAUUCUGCUGCUGGCCAUGGGGCCUGUGGCCUAUUUAAACCCCGGUCCUGCCAUAGACUACUCCCUGGCUGCUGCUCUGACCCUGCACGGACACUGGGGUCUCGGGCAGGUGUUAACGGAUUACGUUCACGGGGACGCAAAGAUCAAGCUGGCCAACGCGGGUCUCUUCAUUAUGUCCACGGUCACCUUCGCCGGCUUGUGCUACUUCAACUACAACGACGUGGGCAUCUGCAAAGCCAUCGCCCUGCUAUGGAGCAAAUGAAUGACUGAGGGACUUGGGAGGGCUUGGAAGGAAUGAUCUAGACGCCGGGGAAACGGGAGCGAUCAUCCCCGGCUGAUUGUAAAGAGGGAAGGAAAAAAAAAGAUUCAAGGUGUUAUAUGUAAAUUCUUAUAAAUAUAUCAUUUUGACAAUAUUACAGUGAUUCACAGUUGUGUAAUUGUAAUUCAUGUUGAUCAAUUCAGGCUUGAUCUUUGUAUUCAGUUCUGCUGAGUUCAGUUAAAGUAACGAUUUGGGGCGGUGCAUGCUGGAUAAGCAUCUUUUCACGUUCAAUACAGACUCUAUUUAAGCUACGUUCACCUUGUAGAUUUAAUCCAAAGUCGCAACAACAUGUCCAGUUAUUAAAUGUGUCACUACCAACUCUACAAAUACGAAACAUCCAGUAUCCUGACAUCGUCGUUUUAUAUUUACCGGUGACAUUUCACGAAACUCAGUACAUGUUUUCAACAACAUUUUACUGUGACUUCUAUCAAGUCCCUGCAGGAAAAGUGCUUGUUUUUACAUGUUUCGGCUCCUUUUUUUUUUCUUCUUUUUUUGUGGCUGAUUUCUUGUGUGAACUUUGUUUCGAUCACAGUUUGUACAUACCACCUUCUGCUCUUACAACCCCUCUGGAACAACAGAGUACCACUACAGAUUGGAGCGGCAUUUUGUGUGAGAGUUCACAUCACCACUCUGUUAAUUUAGUCACUACAGCCUUGUGUGAGCUUACUCUAGUGUCUUGACUGUCUGACCUGACAGGAAUGAAUACUGUGGGGGGGGGGUUACUGUUAACGUUAGAGCACACUUUUCAUAAUGGCCAGUUUUAUCCAGGUAGGGAUUCUUCUUUGCUGUUCUGUUAAAACAUGUAAGGGGUAAGGCUUAAGGCUAGAUCUUUCCAUCAUGAUUCAAGCCAUGCUGCAACCUUACUGGCGCAUGUACAACAGAAUAGCAACGGAUCUGAAAUUAGCAGCUGCAAGAAAAAAGAAAAAAAAGCCGUCCUCGAACUCAAAAGACAGUUAACAAUAAUAUGAACAGCUGUAACAUAUUGAGUUGUGUUGUACUUCAUGUAUGAAUUACAAACUCUUUCCGCUGUGUGAGUGAGCAAACGGCAAAUUAACAAUGACACAUUUUUAAAAAGAAUUCCAAAACCGUAUAUUUAUUUUGACCAUAUAAAAAAAAAAGUUACAAAGUUAAUUUCAGGCACUGUUGCUAAAGUCUGCUGUACGAUAUAUUGUUCCUGUACAUUUAUUGAAUAAACAGACUAAUCGAAAUGUCA